AUGGCAUUUGACAGUAGUCGCUGUUGGAUUACAUUAUUGUGCAUUGGCACGUUCUACAUGAGCGUAAGCAGCAACGUGCUUGGUGUGUCACUGGGGCAAGGACUUCCAACAUGGAUAUCGUUGGGAAUCAAAUCUCCUUUUAUUGUGUUCCGUGUUGAGCAAGAAGUGCUCUCAAACAACAGUGUACUGCUUAAUCUGACUGAUAUAAGGAACAAACUGAAAUCGGUACAUAAUCUCGAUCAUUUUAUCCGGCCAAUUGACAGUAACAAUGAAAGGAAAAUCCCUAAAAAAGACCACAUUGUCUCCAACAAUCAAGGCGGAAGGCUAGCAAAUGGAGGUACUGUUUCAUCACCUGCUGCGCCACCAGUGUUUAGUGCUGAAAGUGCGUUUGGCGGAGGCAACAUAUCGAUAACCUUCCUCACAACAGUGGUUCCGUCGUUUGUAAACCAUUUUGAAAAAAGCAGUAGCGAUGGCGGAGGACAUGAAGCAAGCCCCAUAUUACCAAUAAAGGGCAAAUAUGCUUCGUCAAGCAAUAUAGGCUCUACGGACCACAUGAUUUCCGAUGACGAUGGAGGUGGUGGGAAAAAGGAACGAAAAUACAUUAUUCCUCUAGCGCUGAAAACCUCAACAAACGAAAAAGAAAAAACAUCAUCAGUUUUCCAUGGAUCAUCUACCAAUAUCGAUGACCUGAAGCGACACAUUUUGAUGUUGCAAAAUCUUACUCAAUCGGAUAAAAACUUUCAAAGCAAAUUUGUAGUGUUUCCUUCGCUGCAGAAAAACGGUACGAUUUCCUCUUCGAUGCAGCCGGUUUCGCGCCAGACGCCGGUGUUGUUGCCAUCGGUUACGUUGCCACCACGCCAAAUACCAGUGGCAUCCACUGCCACUGACUAUCGAAGUUUUGUUUCACCAAAUCGUGGACAAAACACAACGGGAGAAGCAUAUACCACAAAUAAUCGAUCGGCGCAGCGGACUCCGGGUUCCAUUCCGAUCAAUAUGCCAAAGAAAGUAUUUCCCGAUUCACACGACAUACUGUCCGACAGAAAGGAAGGAGAACUAGAGAUGUACAAAAUGGAAAAAAUCACAAUUGUGCCCCAAGUAUUUCUGCAAAAUGAUCAAACAAGUGAAACUGUCAGCGAUAAGCGGGAAAACAGAAACAUAUAUGCCAGCAGAGCUGUUGCUGAAAGCGGUAAGGUAUCGCCGACAUCGCAGAUUGGGAAUUCAGAAGAUUACUCAAGAAUUCGCGAAACGAAGGAAAGAACUGCUGUACGGAAGUUUGUACAUAAAUCAAUGGCAUCUGUUAAUGACAGAACCGAAAGCCAAGAAGGAACAGGAGGCGUUCGUGAUAGAACUGUAAACAGUAAAAUUGGUAUUACGACUCCACGCAUGAGUGUUAUUACGAGUAGAAGAAAAGAAACGCCAAUCAGUGCAGGAUCAGUGGAGAUCGGCAAGCAACGGUGGGAUAUGAAUGGGCCACUAUUAAAUGGAUCAUCCUUAUUGAUAGAGGCCAACGCAACGAGUAAAGGAAAAAAGAAACAACGUAAAAACGGUCGCCGUCGAGGAGGAAAGCAAACCGUCAAAUUCAAUGAUGCAAAAGAAGUACCCAAAACGGUAAUAUUGAAUGAUGAUGCUUCAAUACUGGAUGAAAUCGGCGAACGUACUAGUAGUGACGUGGGCCGAAUAGAGUUGAGCGAAAAACCAAAGCCAGGACGAAUUGCCGGAAGCCGGAAAAGAGCUUCGUCCUCACGAGUGCGCCGCAACGAUAAUAAUAGGAGACAACAGUUAUUGAGUAAACAGCAGUACUAUGCGACAAUAGGAAGAGUGCAUCAAACGAGUAAAACUGAACGUCACGAUAGUCAAGCAAUGAUGGGUUCGAUGGAAUCCUUGGUCAGUACGAUCGACACGUUUACGGACGAGGAUUCCGUGGAUAUCUACAAUAGAAGUCAACAUAAUCGUAAUCGAACGUCACCUGGGGAUGGCAAUGAGAAAGAUAUUGUGGAUUUGAAUCCGAAUCUAUGCUACACGCUUAGUGCUCUGAGCGGCGGACAGCAGAAAUUAUGCGCCCAGCACACGAGUAUUAUGCCGGCUAUAAGUCGAGGAGCACGUGCGGCAAUACAGGAAUGUAAACACCAGUUCCGCAAUCGGAGAUGGAACUGCAGUAUCGUCAAUGACGAAUCUGUAUUUGGUCCUGUAUCAAACAUAGGAUCUCCAGAGAUGGCAUUCGUUUAUGCCAUGGCUGCAGCAGCAGCGUCCAGCUUUAUUGCACGAGCUUGUCGUGAUGGUCAAUUGGCUUCUUGUGGAUGCUCUCGAAGCAGUCGACCCUCAAAGCUAAAUGAAGACUGGACUUGGGGUGGUUGCGGUGAUGAUAUGGAAUAUGGCUACAAGUGA